CUAAAAUUCAACAACAGGUUCUCAAAGCUCUCUUCCUCUUCGUAUCUCUUGAAGGAAAGAAGAAGAAAGAAUACCUUUAAGUCUCAACUCCCAAGUUAAUACAAGAACUAAAACAUGGGUCCUGUCGGGUUCUUAGUUACGGUUUUGAUAGGAGUAAUGGCUUCUUCUGUGAGCGGCUAUGGUGGCGGUUGGAUCAACGCUCACGCCACUUUCUACGGUGGUGGCGAUGCUUCCGGCACAAUGGGUGGUGCUUGUGGAUACGGCAAUCUAUAUAGCCAAGGUUAUGGGACGAACACGGCGGCUUUGAGCACGGCUCUGUUCAAUAACGGACUUAGCUGCGGUUCUUGCUUUGAGAUAAGAUGUGAAAACGAUGGUAAAUGGUGUCUACCUGGCUCAAUCGUUGUAACCGCUACUAACUUUUGCCCGCCAAACAACGCUUUACCUAACAACAAUGGCGGUUGGUGUAAUCCUCCUCUUCAACACUUUGAUCUCGCUCAGCCUGUUUUUCAACGCAUUGCUCAAUACAGAGCUGGAAUCGUCCCUGUUGCAUACAGGAGGGUUCCGUGUAGGAGAAGGGGAGGAAUAAGAUUUACGAUAAAUGGUCACUCAUAUUUUAACCUCGUUCUGAUCACAAACGUCGGAGGCGCCGGAGACGUACACUCGGCGGCGAUCAAGGGUUCAAGAACAGGUUGGCAAGCGAUGUCAAGGAACUGGGGGCAAAAUUGGCAAAGCAACUCUUACCUUAACGGUCAAGCACUUUCCUUUAAAGUCACCACCAGCGACGGUCGCACCGUCGUCUCCUUCAACGCCGCUCCUUCCGGCUGGUCCUUCGGCCAGACCUUCGCCGGUGGACAGUUCCGCUAAAAGGGACAAUUUGGUCAUUUUCUACUCUACUUUUAUAGCUAAAAGUAAUAGUAAAAUUGUUUGUGUGGUGUGUAGAGGGCAUAUUGGUAAAUUGGGUUCUUGCGAACUCUCGGUUCUUGUUGAGAGAGUGAUGCGUCGAGGGCUCGGUUUUGCAGAAGACCUUGAUGACGUCUAUCUUUUUUGGACCUCUUUUAUUUGUUUACGUUCUUACAAAAAUAGUUUUUUACUAAGAGUGGGAAAAAAAGAAGAAGAGAAAAGCAUGGUAGUUAUUGUAUUACUAAUGCAGAGGUGGAGUUUUAACUACCACCCGCUAGUAGUAAUGAGUAACCCAUUUUACCCUUUAAGGCGUGAGAGAUGGGAUUAUGAGGGUUUUUCAAUUGUAUUUUUGUGAUGUUGUUUGUUAUGAGAUCAAGAGAACACUAUCAAUUUUACAGUAUAUCAAUAAAAAGAUGCAACUUCUUUC